CGUGUGAUUCCCCGGACCGUGGGGCCGAGAAAGGGCGGGGAGAGGAACAAAGCUGACUGGGUUAUUUCCAGCCGCUCCCCUCACACAGAGAGUUUUAGGCCCCGGCGCGGCCCUGCUACCCGGGGUAUUGACCUCAUCCCCUCCAGCCAGCCUGGUCCUUAUCGCCUGUCAAGCUCCUUGCCCGAGUCAGCCCGCUAAGGAGACCCCCGAGGAGGCCCAUGUUUCACCCCGGCGUUCGGGCUUCCGAGGCGGGAGCCACGCAUGCGUCUUUGAGCCUGGUGACUAUUUGAUAGUCGACUCCUUUGCUUAGGGUAGCGCCAUUUUGCAGUACGGAAGCUGCAAAACAACACCGACUGGAACCUCUCCGUGAGAUCUGCUUCCUGCUUCCGGAGAAGUGUUGAGUGUUUUUGUUUGGGAAGACGUUACCCCAAAAUAGGAUCGAGGAAGAUUUAAAGAGCCAGGCUGAUUGUUUUUUUGUAAUGGUGUCUGGAGGUGGCUCUGAUUACUGCAGGACCACCAGGGGGUUGGCUUCCUUGUCUCAUCCUCCCCCUGCCUAGUCUAAUUUUCCCAGAUCUCCCAAAAGCCAUGUCCGGGUCCUCCCUCAUUAACUUUACCCCAGCCACUGACACCAGUGAUCUCUGGAAAGAUGGGCAGCUGCAGCCACAGCCUGAAGAGCUGGAACCCACCCUGGAUGGGGCUGCAGCCCGGGCUUUCUACGAAGCCUUGAUUGGGGAUGAGAGCAGUGCCCCUGUACUCCAGAGAGCUCAUCCUGUGCCUGCCAGUAAGAGAAAGAAGAAGAAAAGAAGAAUGAUGAGGGAAGCUACAGCAGGAGCAGCAGGAGGUCUUGGACAAAGGAGAUCCCUUGAAGCAGAGGACAAGAUGACCCAGCAGAUACUGAGGGCAGCCCAGGAGGGGGACCUGGCAAAACUAAAAAGGCUGUUGGAUCCCCAUGAGGCAGGGGGAGCUGGGGGGAAUAUCAACGCUCGAGAUGCUUUCUGGUGGACCCCCCUGAUGUGUGCUGCCCGAGCAGGCCAGGGGGCAGCUGUGCACUAUCUCCUGGGCCGUGGGGCUGCCUGGGUGGGAGUCUGCGAGCUGGGUGGCAGGGAUGCUGCUCAGCUAGCAGAAGAAGCGGGCUUCCCUGAGGUGGCCCGCAUGGUCAGAGAGAGCCCCGGAGAGACAAGGAUUCCAGAGAACCGGUCCCGAUCCCACUCCCCCCAGUACUGUGAGACUUGUGAUGCCCACUUCCAAGACUCUAACCACCAUACAUCCACUGCUCACCUGCUGUCACUGUCUCAAGAUUUCCGGCCCCCCAACCUGCCCCUUGGGGUGCCUACCUCCAGCCCAGGCUUCAAGCUGCUGCUGAGGGGGGGCUGGGAGCCUGGAAUGGGGCUGGGACCCCGGGGUGAGGGCCGUACCAAUCCCAUUCCCACUGUCCUCAAGAGGGACCAGGAAGGAUUAGGCUACAGAUCAGCACCCCAGCCCCGAGUUACACAUUUCCCAGCUCGGGAUACACGGGCAGUGGCUGGAAGGGAGAGAGCCCCUAGGGUGACCACACUGAACCGGAAGGAGGAGAGAAGGCAGGAGGAGAAGGACAGGACCUGGGAGCGGAAUCUGAGGACAUACAUGAACCUUGAGUUCUGAACUUGCAAGUUCUGACCCUGGUCUGCUGCUAAAGUCUGAACUUGGGCCCCUAACCUAGGCACUUGGGCUUCUACUUCCUAGGGUCUGCCCAGGUUCCACAUCUUCAGGUUUUGAUCAGUGGGCUCUGCCUUUGGGAGAAAGAGGCUGAGAGUUCAGAAAUAAAUCAAGCUUUUCUCC